AGAUAGACCCGAAUAUAAAAAUUGAAAAGGGACCUGCACGUGUCACACGCUCCCAUCAAAAUCACACACUCACACUAUCCCUUCUCAAUGACCAACAUUUCCUCCUCCGCCACAAUCUCCACCACCACCACCAUUCCCUUAAAAAGCUCCACCACUCUCAAAUUCAAAUUUACAAAUAUAUAACUGCCAUUAAUCAGUUACUAUAACCGAAAAACAAACAAAAAAAGCAAAAUAGCUUUCCUUAUUUUUCUUCUCUACUUCUUUUCCAUUUCUCUCACCACUCUCUUCACUCUCGUCUCUCUCACUCGUUCUUCAACCGCUUCUUCUUCUUCUUCUUCUUCUUCUUCUAGGGUUUGCGUAAUGGCUACUAUGGAGAGUUUGAUCGGUCUAGUCAAUCGAAUUCAGAGAGCUUGUACAGUCCUCGGCGAUUACGGCGGUGACUCUGCUUUGCCUACUCUCUGGGAGGCUCUUCCUUCUGUCGUCGUCGUCGGUGGCCAGAGUUCGGGAAAGUCGUCGGUGUUGGAGAGCAUUGUUGGCCGUGAUUUUCUUCCCAGAGGAUCAGGGAUUGUUACAAGGAGGCCUUUAGUGUUGCAGCUGCAGAAGACAGAACAGGGGCUACAAGAGUAUGCAGAGUUCCUUCACAUGCCGAAGAAAAGAGUUACCGAUUUCUCUAUGGUUCGGAAGGAAAUUCAAGAUGAAACUGAUAGAGUGACUGGGAAGUCAAAACAGAUUUCUCCUGUUCCUAUUCAUCUCAGUAUCUUCUCCCCAAAUGUUGUCAACUUAACACUGAUAGAUUUGCCUGGUUUGACAAAGGUUGCCAUAGAGGGACAGCCAGAGAGUAUUGUUCAAGACAUUGAAAACAUGGUUCGUUCAUAUGUUGAGAAGCCAAAUUGCAUCAUUUUGGCCAUAACUCCAGCAAAUCAAGAUAUUGCAACAUCUGAUGCUAUCAAGAUUGCUAGAGAAGUUGAUCCAACAGGUGAAAGAACAUUUGGUGUUUUGACGAAGCUUGAUUUGAUGGAUAAAGGAACAAAUGCAUUGGAAGUUCUUGAAGGAAGAUCUUAUCGGCUUCAACACCCUUGGGUUGGAAUUGUAAACCGUUCACAAGCUGAUAUAAAUAAAAAUGUUGACAUGAUUGCUGCUAGGCAGAGGGAGCGCGAGUUCUUUGCCACAAGUCCUGAUUAUGGACACUUAUCCAGCAAAAUGGGUUCUGAAUAUCUUGCAAAACUUCUUUCAAAGCAUUUAGAAUCAGUAAUUAAAGCUCGCAUACCAGGCAUUGCAUCAUUGAUUAACAGAAGCAUUGAUGAACUUGAAGCAGAGUUAGACCAUCUUGGUAGGCCUGUUGCUAUUGAUGCUGGGGCCCAGUUGUAUACUAUCCUAGAGUUAUGUCGUGCGUUUGACCAAAUAUUCAAGGAGCAUUUAGAUGGAGGGCGACCUGGUGGUGAUCGUAUAUAUGGAGUUUUUGACUAUCAGCUGCCUGCUGCUUUGAAAAAGCUUCCAUUAGAUCGUUAUCUUUCUCUGCAGAAUAUAAGAAAAGUGAUUUCAGAGGCAGAUGGGUACCAACCUCAUCUAAUUGCACCUGAGCAAGGCUAUCGACGCCUCAUUGAUGGUGCACUUAAUUACUUCAGAGGACCAGCAGAUGCUUCUGUAGAUGCUGUUCACUUCAUAUUGAAGGAACUUGUUAGAAGGUCAAUUGCAGAAACUCAGGAGUUGAAGCGUUUUCCAACCCUUCAAGCUGAAAUAGCUGCAGCUGCAAGUGAAGCAUUGGAGAGAUUCAGGGAAGACAGUAAGAAGACUACUAUACGAUUGGUGGAAAUGGAAUCUUCAUACCUGACUGUGGAUUUCUUCAGGAGACUUCCUCAGGAAGCGGAGAAGGGAGGAAAUCCAGUUGCUUCCUCUGCAGACCGAUAUACAGAAGGGCACUUCCGCCGGAUAGGAUCAAAUAUUUUCUCUUAUAUUGGGAUGGUAUCAGAGACACUGAAGAAUUCCAUACCAAAGGCUGUGGCUCAUUGUCAAGUGAGGGAGGCCAAGCGGUCUUUACUCGAUCAUUUUUAUAUACAAGUGGGCAAAAAAGAGGCCAAGCAACUUGCAGAAUUGUUGGAUGAAGACCCUGCAUUGAUGAAUAGGAGGCAGCAAUGUGCAAAGCGGCUUGAGUUAUACAAGUCUGCAAGGGAUGAGAUUGAUUCCGUCUCGUGGUCCAGAUGAGGUGAAUUGUGAAUG